CGAGCGCGUCGCUAAUUCCUUCGAUCCGAAGCUCCGAGCAGCAGUUGCGCCGCCGCUUAAACCCUAGCCGCCAGUAGCCAUCCACGCUCCGGUGCUGUUCGCUGCUCCAUUCGGCGGCGAUCUCCGGCCUCCACGCAUGGCUCCACAUCCUGGGUGCUCCGAUCCCUCCCGCUCCCGCUCCCGCAUCGCCCACAUCCCUCCGCGGCUCCGGCCACCUUUGUAUGCCCCCCGGCUGCCUGCCUACUCGCCCAGCUGUGAGCACCGAGCAGUGAGGCAAACGCGAUGUAGGCCAACAUAAGAUGCAUUUACCCCUAGUUGGUACUUGGUCACCAUGGAGAAAGGGGGUCAACAAGCCAAUGAGAACCGACAUUGUCUGGACUUCGGAAAUGACCCCUCCCAUAAGCUAUGGAACAACCAGGAGGAUGCAAUUGAGGACCGCUUGGGAGAUGAGGGCUAUGCCCACACUGAUCCUGAAGAUGAGGACUAUGUUCCUGAGUGCAAGCCCUCAAAGCCUGUUAAGCGCAAGCGCCUCACACCACAGCAGACUCAAGAACUCAUGGCUGUGUAUGGCACGUGUACUCACCCAGAUGCCGAGAAACUGGAGGCACUUGGCACAAAGAUUGGUUUGGAGCCAUGUCGGGUGAAGGUCUGGUUCCAAAACAGACGCCCUCAAAUGAAGAAGAAGGCUCAGGUGGAGCAAAACAAACAGAUUCAGCAAGAGAAUGCUUCACUGCUGGCUGAGAACCAAUCACUCCGUCAGGCCAUGCUGAUUCAGUCAUGCAUCACAUGUGGUGGCAAGACACUGCCCUCCGAUCCAUUGGCAGAGAAGCAGCGCUUGCUCAUCGAGAAUACAAGGCUCCAGGAUGAAUGUCUGCGUGCUUCUGUUGUCCACGGCAAGAUUAUCCACACUUCUGCUUUCACAAAACCCGCGCCGUGGAUCAUCAGCAGCGGAGUUGAUCGUGAAGCACUUCGCCGUCACGCAGAUACAUCUAUGGAGCAGUUUCUGGUGCUCGCAACCAAGGGGGAGCCGAUGUGGCUACCUACCACUGACAGCGAAAUGCUUAACUAUGAGUACGGAGCCAGAAUGUCUCCGUGCUUGUUUGGGCUCCGCCCCGAGGGGUUUGUCGUGGAGGCAACCAGGGACACUGCCAUGGUUUGGGGCACUGCUACUGACCUCGUUGGCAUCCUGAUGGACACGGUACGUAUCUGCUCCAUUUUUCCGGUAACACACUUUGGGUUCUCAUGUGUACUAUAUAUAUGUGUCCUUGUGCGUAUGUCUUUGUCGUUUUACAGGCUCGCUGGUCUGAGACGUUUCCAGGGGUCGUGGCAAGUGUGGUAGCUGGUGAUUUUGUAUCCACUGGCAUUUUUGCUUCAUGCGAUGGGCAGA